CAUAACUAAGUCUUGCCUUUCUAGGAUGCUGGACUCUCCCUCUUUAACCCUUUGAACUUCGCAAGAAAGUCUUGAAGGGAAGAGCCACAGGAUACAUUGUGUGAACCUGCCUGCCUGUGUGAAAGAAGAAAGAACUGGAGCAUCACAUUUUUUGUGAACUGAAUUUUCACGCUUUGUUAACCUGUUCUGAGUUUUUGUAUGCUGCGUGAACCCUGCUUAGAGGACGGAGAAAGAAUGGCAAGCCUUCCUUUAGCAAGUGGGGGAACUGGAAAAGGCCCUUCCAGUGUUCAGUCUGGAAUCGGGAAAGAGACCUGGGCAAGAUCUGGGCAGAAGAUCCUGGACGAUGGAACCAUUGUUUCACAAGUUCAGUCCUGGAACUUUAGGAGCAUCCAGUAUCAGGAGGAUGAGAGUCCCCGAGGACUUUGCAGCCGACUCCACUACUUUUGUAGUCAAUGGUUGAGGCCAGAAAAGCACACAAAAGCGCAGAUGCUGGACCUGGUUGUUCUGGAGCAGUUCCUGGCCCUUCUGCCCCUGCAGAUGGAGAGCUGGGUGCGGGAGUGUGGAGCAGAGACCAGCUCCCAGGCGGUGGCCCUGGUGGAAGGCUUCCUCCUGAGCCAGGCGGAGGAGCAGAAGGAGCAGGCUGAGUUGCAGUCGUUUACAAUGGACGUCAGAGAUCCUGAGAGAAUGAGGCAUCCACCAAAUCUCCCUCAAGAACUGUUUUUCAGGAGGAUCUCUCAGGAAGAUCCAAAUCAGGACACCUCAAGAGGGAAAAAUAGAAGGAAAUUGAAGCUUUGUUUUGGGGGAGCGGAAACGGUGAUUGAACCUCCAACUCAGUCUGUUCUGUACUUUUUUGCCUUUCAGGAGAGUCUUCUGCCCUUUGAGGAGGUGGCUGUGUAUUUCUCAGAAGAGGAGUGGUCUCUGCUGGAUCCUCGCCAAAAAGCGCUGCAUUGGGAAGUCAUGCUGGACAAUUGUAGGAACGUGGCCUCUCUUGGUGAUAAUGAAAAUGAUAAUAAAGUUGCUGGAGAAUUAAUCAAAGUGUUCAAACAAAGAGACGUAAUGGAGAAGCCUGCAAUUCAAACAGGAUUCCAAAGGCAGGAAAGAAACUCUUCAAAUAAUUGGAAUAAGGAAAGCUCAUCUUCCAUUGAUGCUCAGAUGCAGGACUUUAUAGAUCAGCAAGGAAAAAUAAAGAAAAAAUACAUUGGGAAACGUGUAAGAUUAUUCAAAGACACCAUAGAUGUAAAUGAGCACUAUCUAUCCCAAGUCAAAGGAAAAGAUUAUACAUCCAAACACAAAGAAAAAAUUUAUAAUGGGACUUUUACACUUUCUCAAGAAAAUGGGUCUCUUAUGUCACAGAAAAGUUUUCACAUGGGAGAGAAGCCAAAUAAAUGCACUGAGGAUGGAAACAAGACUGUUUAUAAAAGGAUAAGCACAAGGAAGAAGCUAUAUAAGUGCAAGGAGUGUGGAAAGGGCUUCAGCAAACCAAGUCAUCUUACAUCCCAUCAAAGGAGCCACAUAGGAGAGAAGCCAUAUAAAUGCAUGGAGUGUGUAAAGGAUUUCAGAACAAGCUGGGAACUUACAUCUCAUCAAAGGAUCCACACAGGGGAGAAGCCAUAUAAAUGCAUGGAGUGUGGAAAGGGGUUUAGAACAAGCAGUGAAUGUACAUCCCAUCAAAGGAUCCACACAGGGGAGAAGCCCUAUAAAUGCAUGGAGUGUGGAAAGGGCUUCAGAAAAAGCAGUAAUCUUAUAUCCCAUCAAAAUAUCCACACAGGGGAGAAGCCCUAUAAAUGCAUGGAGUGUGGAAAGGGAUUCACCCAACAUGGUAGUCUAGUAUCCCAUGAAAGAAUCCACACAGGAGAGAAGCCCUACAAAUGCAUGGAGUGUGGACAGGGCUUCAAGAAACACAGUCAUCUUACAUCCCAUCAAUGGAUUCAUAAAGGAGAGAAGCCGUAUAAAUGCAUGGAGUGUGGAAAGAGCUUCACCCAACACUGUCAUCUUAGUUCCCAUAAAAGACUCCACACAGGGGAAAAGCCCUAUAAAUGCAUGGAUUGUGGAAAGGGCUUCACCCGACAUAAUGUUCUUGUUUCCCAUAAAAGACUCCACACAGGGGAGAAGCCAUAUAAAUGCACGGAGUGUGGAAAGGUCUUCAGAACAAACAGUCAUCUUACAGUCCAUCAAAGGAUCCACACAGGGGAGAAGCCAUAUAAAUGCAUGGAGUGUGGAAAGGGCUUCAGGAACCAGAGUCAUCUUACAUGCCAUCAAAGGAUCCACACAGGGGAGAAGCCCUAUAAAUGCAUGGAGUGUGGAAAGGACUUCACCCGACAUAAUGUUCUUAUUUCCCAUCAAAGAAUCCACACAGGAGAGAAGCCAUAUGAAUGCAUGGAAUGUGGAAAGGGCUUCAGUCAACACAGUAAACUUACAUCCCAUCAAGGAAUCCACACAGGGGAGAAGCCCUAUAAAUGCAUGGAGUGUGGAAAGGGCUUCAGGACAGGCAGUGAACUUACAUCCCAUCAAAGGAUACACACAGGGGAGAAGCCCUAUAAAUGCAUGGAGUGUGAAAAGAGCUUCAGGACAAGCAGUGACCGUACAACCCAUCAAAGGAUACACACAGGAGAGAAGCCCUAUAAAUGCAUGGAUUGUGGAAAGGGUUUUACUCAACAUGGUCAACUUAUUUCCCAUAAAAGAAUCCACACAAGGGAGAAGCCAUAUAAAUGCAUGGAGUGUGGAAAGGGCUUUAUCAAACCAAGUUAUCUUACAUCCCAUCAAAGGAUCCACACAGGCGAGCAGCCAUAUAAAUGCAUGGAGUGUGGAAAGGGCUUCAGCAAACCAAGUCAUCUAACAUACCAUCAAAGGAUCCACACAGGGGAGAAGCCAUAUAAAUGCAUGGAGUGUGGAAGAGGGUUUAGAACAAGCAGUGAUCUUGUAAGCCAUCACAGAAUCCACACAGGGGAGAAGCCCUAUAAAUGCAUGGAGUGUGGAAAGGGCUUCAGACAAAGAGGUAAUCUUCUAUCCCAUCAAAGUAUCCACACAGCGGAGAAGCCAUAUGAAUGCAUGGAAUGUGGAAAGGGCUUCAGUCAACACAAUAAACUUACCUCCCAUCAAAGUAUACACACAGGGGAGAAGCCAUAUAAAUGCAUGGAGUGUGGAAAGGGCUUCAGGACAGGCAAUGAACUUACAUCCCAUCAAAGGAUCCACACAGGGGAGAAGCCCUAUAAAUGCAUGGAGUGUGGAAAGAGCUUCAGAACAAGCAGUGACCGUACAACCCAUCAACGAAUACACACAGGGGAGAAGCCCUAUAAAUGCAUGAAGUGUGGAAAGGUCUUCAGGACAAGCAGUGAACUUACAUGCCAUCAAAGGAUACACACAGGGGAGAAGCCCUAUAAAUGCAUGGAGUGUGGAAAGGGCUUCAAGACAAGCAGUGAAUGUAUAUCCCACCAAAGGAUACACACAGUGGAGAAGCCCUAUAAAUGCAUGGAUUGUGGAAAGGGCUUUGCCCGACAUGGUCAACUUAUUUCCCAUAAAAGAAUCCACACGGGAGAGAGGCCAGAUAAAUGAGUGAAGUGUGGAAAGGGCUUCGGCCGACACCAUACUAUUAUUUCCUAUAACAUGAUUCAAUCAACAAGAAGUCAAUCCCCAAAACAAAGACAAAUUUGGAAAUGAGCUUCCUGCUCCCCAACUGUCAUCAUUCUCCCACUUGGUCAUAGUUCUCAGAGGGAUGUGAAGACAUUUAACAGGUGCUGCUUUCCCAAGCACAAAUGGAAAAAAAUCAAAUGUUCAUCCUUGUAAGACGUUAAGAAAAACAUACAGGCAUGUCUUGAGCAGAGGUUUAAAGCUGCAGGACACAGCUUGACAAACUCUGAAGAAUGGAAGGAAGUUGACUCUUUGUUUUGGGGGAGCGUAAACCAUGAUUGAACCUCCAACUCAGGAGGGUCUUCUGCCCAUUGAGGAGGUGGCUGUGUAUUUCUCAGAGGAGGAGUGGUCUCUGCUGGAUUCUCGCCAAAAAACACUGCAUUGGGAAGUCAUGCUGGACAAUUGCAGGAACGUGGCCUCUCUUGGUAAGGAUUUCCUAUUCUGCAGUCAGACAGUUCAGCAAGAUGCUUUGUAGUUAGAUGACAUUGGUUACGUCUUAUGAAAACAUCUCCAAAUAGAUAUCCUCUCCUCAGAGGGAGAAGGAAAGGUUAUGGUGUUCUGUUGCUCCUAGGAAGGAAAUAGGCCAAUGGCAUUCUGUUUAGAUAUAUUCUAUCCCAUUUGUUUUUCUAUUUCUGUUUAAACACAUUAGUGAUUAAUUUCUAGGAUUGAGGUAAUGCCAAACUCCAUCACACAGAUUUCAACUAUUUUGGCCAGAUGCUUCCAUAUCAGUCCUAUCAAGAAUGGCCAUUCAUGUUUUUUGACUUAAUGAUUUUUCAAAGGAUUUAUACAUCUUGAAUAGAGAUAUUAUUUCUAUAUUAUGCCAGAAUGACCAGAAACCCCCAAAUGCUCGUGCAAUUUUUUUUUCAAACAUAUUAUGGCCAUAUUUUGCUCUUCUAUACUGUGAUGAGGGCUAAUAAGAAGUCUAAAUUUGAUUUAAAUAAAAUGAAAUACCAGUUGUGUGGUUAUGUUCUUG